UGUAGCGGUUUCCGGCGUAGGUCUACAUGAAAUAAUAAAAGUAGUGCAUUUUAAUCCAAACUAAAAAGGAGAUGGCAUCAAAGGGCAGGCGGCCUGAUAGUGGAAACAGAACACGACACACGUUUGGGUCGGAUGAACUUGUAUUUAAUCCCGAGCAGGAAACCAUAGAUGAUUUUCUGUCGACUAAUAAGCCGUCAGUGGUGAGUGUGGGUAAUGAUGGAAUUCGUUGGAUUCGAGUGCUUGGUCCAAAAUAUCACGAAACGCAUGGAAGUCAAACAUGUGACGUUGACGAAUUAGCUGCAUCUUUCCAGAGACUUACCCAUAAUCAAAGAUUAUCAACACCGCCUCAAGAUGAGGGCAGCGACGAUGAUGGAGUCAAGUUAACUCAAACGGAUAUUAAUUCAUUGGACGAGGAGUUGACGUCUGGGAAAUGGAUGCUUUUUCCAAAACGUGAAGAUGUUGACGAUCUCUGGUCUAAAAUAGCAAGGGCUACGGUGACGGGAGCGCUAAGCGAUGGAGCGACAAUGGCCAAGGUUUCUCCAGUCGGCGAUGACGAUACAGGCGCUGCUUAUAUCGCGGUAUACACCCCAGAUUAUCGUGACAAAGCCCAAAUAUUCAAGGUGGAAAAGGAAAUGCGCAGGAUCGGUAUUAAAAAACAAAUAAAGCUCAAGUACAAACCAGACAUCAAUACAAAAUCUGGAGUCUAUAGUAGAAAUGGAUGGAGUGUAAAACCGAGUAUUUAUGAAACCGGCGGUGAACCAAUUAAUCAUCGUUCCAACCCUAGAGGUAGGGGAAGGGGUAGGGGCGGCCGGGGCCGUGGAAGAGGUAGUCAAAACUCGUCGCACUCCACAUGGUCUUAUCGUAGUCGUAACGAAUAUGACGAUUUUGAUUAGACCAUUUACUUUUUUACAGGGACAGGCCUAAAUAAUAAAGGGUCGAAUCAUGAUGCAAAGAAAAUAUAUAGGCCUAAACCCACUUUUUUUGUGACGUAAAAAUUAGUGAGUACUAUAUCUAAAUAAACGUACAGUUUUAACUGUUUUAUUUUUCUUGUAUUAUUUUAAUUAGGCCUAAUGCUAUUAUAUUUUUUAUAUUUGAUUUAAGUUAUUGAUCAGUGGUGGUUUUACUGCGUUCACAUCGGAUCCGAAUUUUCGGAAAGUCUACCGAACCAAUCAAAAAAUCGGAUCAGUGUGUAAAAAAUCAGGACGUUCACAUCCAUCUCUUACGCAAUUCAGCACAAUGACGCUGCAAGUUAGUUAUGGGUUAUUCUUCUACCUUUACCUUUUUGUAAACAUGUUUUCUUAUGCCAGUAACAGAAACAAUUAAUGAUGCCUGAAUAUGACACCGGUAUGCAUGGUAGACAAGAAUAUUUUUCCAUUAGAAAAAUAUUGAUUCCACGUGUCAGACUCCAGAU